CACUGAAUAAAAAGUUAAUGGAGGCCACGCACUCAAAUUUGCUCUUUUGAUCGGCAAAAAUGGACGUAGAACAUCGAGUGCUUGACAUUGAUGAUGUAACAGCAGAUGAGCUUCAGUUUCAAGAGAGUAACGGUAUGAAGAAUUCUGAACUAGAGCUACAGGUUGAUGAAGGUGAGUUUGACCAUGCCUUAGCUGAUGAUGAAAAGAUUGAUUUCAGCCAGGAGCCCAAGAAGCCCUCAAGCUUCACCGCUUUCCCCCAGCCAAGGGACUCUGAUGAAGAUGUCGGCGAUAAAGAAGAGCUUCUUCGAGGGGAGAAGAAGCAGCCAUCCUUCUGGACAUUUGAGUAUUACCAGGCCUGGUUCGAUGUGGAUACGUACCAAGUCUUGAGGAGAAUUCAGGGCUCCAUGGUGCCAAGACCGAGAUACAAUUAUCUCAGACAGCAAAUACGACCCAAUCCAGAUUUAUAUGGUCCCUUUUGGAUAUGUACCACUUUAGUAUUCACUACCGCCAUCUGUGGUAACUUAGCAAACUACAUCAGCUGUGGACGAUCUGAUUAUGAGUGGAAAUACGAUUUUCACAAAGUAACGUUUGCUGCUGCUGCCAUUUUUUGUUACUGGUGGUUGAUACCUGCGGCGAUCUAUGGUCUCCUGUGGUGGAGGGGAAGUCAGGCGGGAUACACCUUCAUGGAGAUCAUCUGUGUUUAUGGAUACUCGUUGGCUAUCUACAUUCCCAUAUCGAUUUUGUGGGUUGUGCCGUUCCAGUGGUUUCAGUGGACACUUGUUGCAGUAGGAAUGUUGCUUUCAGGUUGUGUAUUGUUGUUUACAUUUUGGCCAGCAGUGCGAGAGGAUGAUAAAAAGAUUGCCUGGAUCACGAUGGGUCUCAUCCUCUUCUUUCAUGGUCUCCUUGCCACUGGUUUUAUGUUAUAUUUCUUCCACGUUCCAAUAUCAUCAUGUCCGUCAAACGUCCAUCCAACGCUGCCAGGAGUUCCCACGACCAUCUUAGCCACGACUUUGAAGCCACAAAAGCUCAAAGACAAACAAGCAAACGACCUGGCUAAUUUGAAUCAAAAUAUAAAAAGUCCUGGUGCCAUAGCAGGAGAUGGUGGUGUAUCAACUGGAGGAGCAAAUUUAGUCAAGGCGAAGUCUGGAACUGGUGUACAUGUAGGUUCACCUCCCAAAAAACUUGUGAAUGCUCAAUCACCAGCCGUCAAACGGAGACAGACUAUGAACAUAGAUAAGGGUAUUGAACGGAAGCACAGGAAAUAGCUGAUGUGAGUGGAUGGUUGAGUUUCAGUGGUUUUGAGGCAGAAUUUAAAGUGUAAUGAUGAUUGUAAAAUGUAUGGUUCAUAGUCCAUAAACAAUUUGUUUACCAUAAGUUCUCAAGUACACAAGCAGAACUGUUGUAUAAUGUAUAUGCAUAUAUUCUUUCUGUUUUGUUUGUAAUUAUAUGUUCUAGUCAGUACUGUCAUGAAAUGGCCAAGUUUUGUGUAGCAUGUGCACUCCUUGGUUUCUACAGAAAGGGUAGGCUGGGGUGAUUUGAUAUACAUGUACAAGUGAAGCACUGAUGUUGUUCAUGUACAAUAUAAAGCGCCAUAAGAACUUGCUAGGUUUUACAGGCAAUCAGUUUAGACUUUGGUUACUUUAUCAUAUAUGAGUCUCUGAUUUGUGAAUUGUACGUUUCUUUCUCAAAUCUCGGACACAAAAUCUGGCCUCCCCUAGGAAUUGCUUGUAUUCUCUCUUUAAUAAGAUGUUUAUGAAGCCUGUCUGCUACCAAACGAUUGUUGAGAAGUUGGCCAGGGUCGGUCACCUAGACAAAGAUAUUUUAGCGUUUUUCAUCUGAAAAUCAUAUAAAAAUUGUAUGGAGAUAUUGAGGUAUAAAUCUUGUAAAUAAUCGGAGACAAGCUGAGAAUAUUUAUUGCAAAAAUAAACAACUUCU